UGCCACUGUUAUCUAAUCUGUAAUUUUAUGGCCACAUGUAUGACUAGUCUGCUGUCCAUGCCCUUCCGCUCACACUCACAGCCAUCCAGAUCCUACUGUACAUUGAGAGGAGAAGCAGCACGACGCAUACCGAGACUCCCAGGUUUUUGAUAAUGGAGAAAGACCACACCCCCCCACAUUAUUCUAGUCCUCACAUGGACCAGACAGCCAUAAACUACCCUGGACAGCAGGCAGCAUACCCAUCUCAAGCAGGUCCACAUGCUGCACAUUUCCAACCACCUCCAUAUGGGUUUGGGGAUCCAACCAUCAUUGCCCAGCCCAUGAUGGUCCCUAUAGUUGCCCAGAUGGCAGUCGUGAAUCUCACUGAUACGCCAGGCCGCAUUACCUGUCCUCACUGCAUGACGGACGUCAUCACGGAAAUCGAAUCUAUCUAUGGAUUGCUCACCUGGUUAAUUUUCGGAAGCCUUGUGUUCUUUAUGUGCUGGCUCUGUUGUUGGAUCCCGUUCUGUGUGGACGCAUGCAAGGAUGUGAAACACACCUGUCCAAACUGCAAGAAAAUCAUCCGCAUUUACAAACGUUUGUAGCACAUGCUACACCAGAGAACCAUCAAAAACUGAGAUUGAGAAAAAAACAUAAAUUUUUGCACUAUGUAACCCUAUUACAAAGUUUUGGUGAUCGAA